UCAAAACCCAAGGCGCCUAUUUAAAACACCCUUCGCCACUCAUUAACUAGUGUUAUAUACCCAGAGUACCGAGAAGGCCAGUGCCCUCUAUUCCGUUCACUUUAGUAGAGUGAUCCUUGCACUUUUCUAGUUUUCUUUGUAUUCUCAACAAACUAUGUCUAUGGUGGAGGUUAGAGUCCCUAACCUUGACUGUGAGGGAUGUGCUAGUAAGUUAAAGAAAGCUCUCUUCAAACUCAAAGGAGUAGAAGAGGUGGAAAUAGAAAUGGAGACACAGAAGAUAACAGUGAGAGGCUAUGCCUUGGAGGAGAAGAAGGUGCUCAAAGCAAUCAAGCGAACUGGAAAAGCAGCGGAGCCAUGGCCAUUUCCUGGAUACUCUCAUUUUGCCUCAUUUUACAAGUACCCAACUUACAUUGUCAACCAUUAUUACGACACCCACACAAAUGGAGCCUCCACGGGCGUCCAUACUUUCUUCCAUACACCUGCUGUUUAUUCAGUCGCGGUGGCAUCCGAUGAGGCCAUUGCUUCACUCUUCAGCGAUGACAACCCGCAUGCUUGCACAAUCAUGUGAACACGCGUUUUUUCCCUGCUCUGGGUUUUUCACAAAUUCAUGCUUUUCUUUCGGAGAAAAUAAUGCUUUAUUCCUUUAAUUUGUCACUCAUUUUGCUGUAUGAUUUUCAAAUUAUAUAUAUUAAACAUGUCACUUAAUCGUCGAAUUUUGAUAGAGGAUAUAUAAAAGUUGCAACUUACAUCUUAUAUUAGGGGAUUAAGUGACAAUUUUGAUAAUUUGUAAAUCUAUGACAAAUGGAUCGUCGGUUAUCCAAGGGAAUAGAGUUCAUUUUCAUAACGGGGGCCUCGUUAUGAUCUGCUUCAAAUC